AUGCAGCUUAAAGAGACAAGUGAUGCGUCUGGCAGCAAUGCAGCGGAGAUAACGCAGCGAACCGCAAUGGUAGUUGAGAGAGAUGUCUACAUGCUGCUGGGAAGCUACAGCUGCAGAAGAUCUGAAUCUGAGCUUUCCGGUAAAAAAGGCUGGAAGCUUUUACUGGUGAACGAAACAGUUAGUGGAGAGAAUGGGGUAACGAAUUUAAUCCAGUGGGGUGAGACCCAUGCAGUGAAGGUUGAAUCUGAAACUCAUGCAUUUUUGACUCGGUUGGUUGGCAGCCGAGAGUCGAUUCUUGUGCUGAGUGACAGUACGCUUGUGUUUCCCAUGCAGGCUACAGACAAUGAAUGA